CCCAACGGUCCAACUUUGACUUCUCUCUGUACCCUCUCUCUCUAGGAAAAACUCCCUCUCCCUUUUUUUUUUUUGGUCUCAAAUGCUGGCCGGUCGCCUGGUACAAAUUCAAGUCAUCGCCUCGCAUGGCAGUUUUCCCAAGCCCUGAAAACCCUAAUCACCUCUUACUCAAAACCCUGUAAUUUCUGAUUCAUUCAAAACUCCAACGCCAUGAUGGAAACGGUGUCGUUGGAUUUCCUAGUCCCGUCCUUGUGGGAGAUCAAGGUCACUGUGGCUGCCUCCGUCUUCGUUAUCUUCGCUUACUGGUUUUUCACAUUCAGAGGCAGCGGAGGCGGCUCUGCUGAUCGCACACUUUCCGAUAAUUCCGGUGCGUUUGGGGAUGCCAUUGAUGACAAAGACAAGAUCCAGUUAAAAGGAGAUCUUCAAAACAGUUCUGCAUAUCUAAUCAAGCUGGAAUUGUUGGCGGCUAAGAAUCUCAUUGGUGCAAACUUAAAUGGGACAUCGGAUCCUUAUGCUAUGAUCACUUGUGGAACAGAAAAGCGAUUCAGUUCAAUGGUCCCUGGUUCAAGAAAUCCCAUGUGGGGAGAGGAGUUUAAUUUUUCUGUUGAUGAGCUUCCUGUCCAGAUUAAUGUGACAAUAUAUGACUGGGAUAUAAUAUGGAAAAGCACUGUUCUGGGUUCUGUUACUGUUCCAGUUGAAACCGAGGGUCAAACAGGUGCAGUAUGGUAUACAUUGGAUAGCCCAUCAGGGCAGGUGUGUCUCCAUAUAAAAACAAUAAAACUACCUGUUAACUCUCCAAGUGGCAGGGCAAUGAAUGGCUAUGCUGGAGCGAAUGCUCGAAGAAGGGUACCUUUAGAUAGACAAGGGCCUACGGUGGUUCAUCAAAAGCCAGGGCCUCUGCAAACUAUAUUUAAUUUACUUCCAGAUGAGGUUGUGGAGAAUAGUUAUUCAUGUGCACUUGAGAGGUCAUUCUUGUAUCAUGGCCGUAUGUAUGUCUCUACGUGGCACAUAUGCUUCCACUCUAAUGUGUUUUCUAAGCAAAUGAAGGUUAUCAUACCGUUUGGUGAUAUUGAUGAGAUUCGGAGGAGUCAGCAUGCAUUCAUUAAUCCUGCUAUAACAAUUAUACUGCGCAUGGGUGCUGGUGGGCAUGGUGUACCUCCUUUGGGGAGUCCUGAUGGUAGAGUCAGAUAUAAAUUUGCAUCAUUUUGGAACAGGAACCACGUGUUUAGAGGUCUACUGCGUGUAGAAAAGAAUUACCAUACAAUGCUAGAAGCUGAGAAGAAGGAAAAGGCAGAGUCAGCACUGCGUGCGCAUAGCAGUUCUGUAAAAGGAAGUCAGGCUAAGAUUCCUGAAGAUAUCAUCCCCAAAACUGGAAAGCUUCAAGCUUUUAUCAAGGAGGAAGCUGUAACCAGCAUAUAUACUGAUGUUUUCCCAUGCACAGCUGAAAAGUUCUUCAAUUUAUUGUUGAGUGAUGAUUCAAAUUAUUUGCGUGAGUAUCGUUCAGAACGAAAAGACACUAAUCUUGUUAUUGGACAGUGGCAUCCUGCAGAGGAGUAUGAUGGUCAAGUCAGAGAAAUAACAUUUAGGUGCAUUUGUAACAGUCCUAUGUGCCCUCCAGAUACAGCCAUGACAGAAUGGCAGCAUGCUGUUCUAUCACCAGACAAGAUAACACUGGUGUUUGAGACGGUGCAACAGGCUCAUGAUGUUCCAUUCGGGUCUUAUUUUGAGGUCCAUGUUAGGUGGAGCUUGGACAGUAUAGAUGAGAACUCAUCUAAUAUAGACAUAAAAGUAGGUGUACAUUUCAAGAAAUGGUGUGUGAUGCAAUCCAAAAUAAGGGCAGGGGCGAUUAACGAGUACAAGAGAGAGAUUGAUCUGAUGUUGGAUAUUGCCCGUUCAUAUAUCAUCGGGUCGAGUAGUUCAAAUGGUGAGACUGACAAACCCACGUCUUCCCCCUCGGUAACUCGAGAUGGUAGUUAAUUUAUAUGUAAUGUAUGUCUGUCUGUAUGUAGUUUACCUCAAAAGAGACAAAAAUGUGUAUGUUGAGUCGAGCCGAAUGAGAGCUUUAGUUACAUCUUGUUAUACACAAAUAAAUAGGUUUGUCUUGUA